GUUUGCCUGCCUCAGGGGUUUCCGGUACCUCUUUGCUGUGUGUUUUUCAUUUGUUCAUCUGUUCCCUCUUUCUUUUCUUUUUCUUCCAUUUUUCUCUUCUUGACGCUCUUUUGUCCUCUUGCUUUAGAUUGAGCACUGUUUAUUUUCCCCCUUCGGCCUCAAUCUACGUCCACUGUCUGGAGGCCGGCCCUGCGUCUCCCGCGCUGCCAUGGCACCUCGAUAUAAGGAUGGAGAUGCCGUUGUAGCGGUGAACGGAAAAUGGAUCUCCUGGGCUCAUACUGCCGUCGCGUACACGGCCUUCUUCAGUGCUCUGAUUGUCGGAAUGGCUCUGCAUUUCCGGAAGAUUGUGCAGAACGAACAUUACGGCUAUCCUGAUGAAUGGUUCCCUUCCGUUUCGGCCACCAUUGGUGAUCGAUACCCCGAGCGCUCCUUCUUCCAAGUCUUCAUUGCCAUCACCUCCGGUCCUCGAUUCGCCCUCGUCUUUCUGUGGUACAUCCUGACCUCGCGCCCCAACUCGUCGCUUCCCAAGAUCGUCGCUGGUGUUGGAUUGUUCCGCACAUUUACGUGUGGUGGUUGGACCUACGUCACGUCGACGGAUGACCAUGACUGGCAUGACAUUUUCAUGAUUUCCUAUCUCGUUGCGACGCUUCCGUGGACCCUCGGCUGCCUGGCCCUGAGCCCCAACAACCGUCGUGCUGUCAAGUACCGAAAGGUCUUGGCCAGCCUGUUCUUCGGUACUCUGGUGCCAUUGAUCUAUUUCUUCAUCCAGCACAAAGUGCACAAGGUUCCUGGAGCUUACACGAAGUACGCCUUUUUCGAGUGGUCCCUCAUUUUGUUUGAUGUCGGAUUCGACGCUGUUACCGCGUUGGAUUUUGAAGCCUUCGAGAUUGUGGUGAGGGAUGUUAAAGGAAUCAGCAGAGGGCAGUUGAAAACCACGGCGGACUCCGUCCUUGAGAAAGAGAAGGGAAAGCCCGUUGGCAACACCUUCGGUGAAGGUUUCUUCUGGACCGAGAUCUUCGACGCAGCAGCAGAUGUUUACAACGGGUUCGUCUUCUGGUCCACAUGGACGGCUCUUGGACUUCUGGUAUGGUACUUCCCUCUGUGGCACAUGGGUAUCUCCGGAUACGAGGCUGCCAUCGUUUGUUUCGCCUCGCCGCUUCUUUUUGUCAUCCCCGGAUUGAAAACUGUUGUCACCAAGAACCCUCGCCUUGUUCAUUUCCUUUCGCUUUCCGGUUUGCUGGCCUAUCAGGUCCAGACUCCUUCCAACCGACUGUUUGUGACCGGAUUUGCUGUCUCCUGUGGCGGUCUGUCAUUCAUUGGCCAGCUGUAUGCGGAUAGGGCCAACAAUGCCAGACUCGAGUCUCGGAUUACCGCAUGGGCAAUGGGCUUGAUCUUGUCUAGCAUUGCCAAGUUUGCGUUCAAGACAAACAAUCCCGUCUGGCCAACGAUGCACGCCGGCAACGGAGGUUGGAACAAACUUGGCCUGUUCCUUGCGGUUCUUGCUGUUCUCAGGGCCCACCGCAGAGGCCCUACUAGUGGAGGUGACUACCUGCCGCCGAAUCCCAAGAAGGGCUCUUCGGUUCUGGCUGGCCUUGGUUUUGGUGGCAUUACCUUUGUCAUGCACUCCCUUCUGGCAGAUUCCAGCACUAUGAUCUCCUGGGUUUGGGAAGGGUACCCCGUGCGCGGUCCUAUCGCAGUUCCCCACGGAGCGGUCACGAUCUUCGCAAUGGGCGCGGGUCUCGUUUUUGGUCUCUACUAUCCCGGUCUGACUGGAAGCUGGACGGCAUUUGGCAUUGGUUCCUUGGGUGCCGCUUUGCUCACUUGCUACAGCCACUGGACCGGGUUCUAUGGUGGCCUUGUUCUUGCGUUUUACACCUUGGCAGUUACCCCGGUUUUGAUCUCCUCGGCUGUUCGCCACUCCCCCGUCACAACCUUCGGCGUGGGUGGCAUUUUCUUCAUGUUCAUGGUUCUUUUCCACGUUUGGGUUGUGGCCUACGCCUUCGUUCCCGGGGGACCCCUCGUCCGAGAGCACACUGACUGGGUCAUGAUUACCACCAUGCUCUCCAUCGGAGCCGGCGUUUUCUCGGCUGCCGUGACGAACUCAUCAAACAGACAGAGCAAGACUAUCAGCCCCAGUGGUCGCCGACAGCGAUCCUACUACAUCUACGUCCUUGCGGCGCUGCAGCUUCUUUCCGUCGCCAUCGCCUAUCUGCGCUUCCCCACCAACGAUUACGUUCCCUACCACAAGGACGACAAGGUUGUCACCGCCGGUAUCUGGACCGUCCAUUUCGGCCUGGACAACGACAUGUGGUCUUCUGAACAACGUAUGCGCCAGGUGAUCGAGGAGCUUGAGCUUGAUGUGGUUGGCCUGCUUGAGUCUGAUAACCAACGCAUUAUCAUGGGUAACCGUGAUAUCACUCAGGUUCUGGCUGAGGACAUGGGCAUGUAUGCCGACUUUGGUCCCGGCCCCAACAAGCACACGUGGGGAUCUGCCCUGCUCUCCAAGUUCCCGAUUGUCAACUCUACUCACCACCUUCUCCCGUCGCCUGUCGGCGAACUUGCCCCUGCCAUCCACGCCACUCUGGACAUGUACGGCGAACUGGUUGACGUUGUGGUCUUCCACUCUGGUCAGGAAGAAGACCCGGAAGACCGUCGUCUCCAGACUGAGUACCUGUCCAAAUUGAUGGGCGAGUCCCCUCGCCCCUUGAUUCUGCUCAGUUACCUGGUCACCAAACCGCUGGAGGGCAACUACAACACCUACGUCAGCGACCUCAGCGGCAUGAAGGAUAUUGACCCUACUGACUGGGACCGCUGGUGCGAGUACAUUCUCUACAAGAAGCUGAAGAGAACAGGCUAUGCCCGUGUUAGCCGUGACUCCAUCACGGACACUGAAAUUCAGGUUGGAAAGUUUGUGGUUGGAGAGCCUGAGCCCGAGAAUGAGAUGCGCAUUCCGGAGGAAAUGGUGCCUCAGGGCCAACAGUUCCCUGCGCUUUUCCGCGGCCAAGGAGUCCGUGGUCACCGCUAUCAUGUGUUUGACGAACCAAGAUACUGGCAAUAAAUGCCGGUCUCGUGCCAUCGCGAAGCGAGGAAAUGGAUAUUUUCUCGCUGCAUUCAGCAUUUCUAUGUUCCUAGUUAUCACGUUGAGUACAAGGUUCAAAGAGCGAGCAUAUCAGUAUUGUUUAUAGCUAAUUGCAAGCACCAGUUGUUAUGAAUUGUGAAGGACUUUUGGUCGAAUGUAUUUAAUUCUGAAACUAUAAUCAUUGGCCAAGCCAGCCAUAAG